GGGGACGGUUGGACGACGGUUGUGUAAUUGCUGCUCUUUUCUCUUCUUCUUCACCUUAAUCCGAAUUGCUCUUCACAGUCGUUGCAACGUUGUCCCUCUUUUAUCGACGUCCGCUGUGUCCGCCUGGUGCUAACCUGCUUUCGCUCAUUUUAAUUCUGUUUAUCACGCGCCGAACGGUCUGGUCACCACGUCUCAUAUACCAAACAUUCCUCGUCGCGCACGCCUCCGUUUCUUGCUUGUUGUCGAUUCUUCGCAGGCGACCACCCACACACUCGUUUUCAACCUUGCUGCCGAUUACUCGACGUUUCACUCUUUUCCAUCAACCAUCCGUCCACUACUAACCAACAGCCCAUAAUCACAUUAAUCCGUUCUUCGCCAUGCAUCUCAAACUCAAACCUCACCGCCACGUCGCAAGCAGACUGCACAAGCGUGAUGACCCUCCAACUUUGGAUUCUGAUGUUCUUGAAGAAUCCCUCGACAAACGCGCAAACGAUGUUGCGACAGUCUUCUCAGUUGUCUAUGUGACGGCCUCUGCCACCUUCUCUGGACCUACAGCCGGCUUUGUUACUCUCGGAGCCGAUUCUACAACCACAGCAAAGGCAUCUAAGCCCACAGCUGCGAGCAACGGAGACAAUGACGAUGACAACACAACCACAGCAAAAGCCAAGCAGACGACGACAGCAUCAGCAAAGUCCAGCUCUGCUACAUCCACAUCUUCCAGCAAGGUCACAAGCACAUUAUCACCGACCGCAAAGUCAACCGCCACAACACUUUCUUCCUCGUCCUCUUCGUCAACACUCGUCUCAUCUUCAUUGGCCGUCCUUACCUCUUCUGCCGCUGUAUCUUCUACGAUCGCAACUUCAUCAAUCAACUCAUCCGCCGCAAAAGCUCAAGCAACAUCUUCAAGUUCAGCCUCGUCAUCGGCCGUGGCAGAUGCAAGCUCAAGUGGUAUGAGCACGGGCGCAAAAGCCGGUAUCGCUCUCAUGGUCAUCUGUGUCAUUGGUGUAUGCGCUGGUCUUGCAUACUUCUUUAUCCGCAAGAAGAAAGCUCAGCAGAAACAAGCUAUCGGCAUGGAGAGACUCGACGAUGAGAAGAAGGGCUUCAUGGCUCAAAGCCCAAGCACUAUGACUAUUCCUCAACCUCCUCCUCAAACACAUAGCAGCGGCCCUGCACCACGAGUCAGUUACCGUCCUGGUUCUCAGUUCUCUGCCAGUGUCCUUGGAGAUGCUGAGAAGGCUGCUGCCGGGGCCGCUGCCGGUGUCAUGGCUGGUAGAAAUAGCGACCCGUCCAACCCUUUCGGCAUUCACGCUCAAACCGUCGACGCUCAAUCAAGGGAUGUCAUCUCGCCUAUUCCUGAGGAGCGUUCAUUGAGCCCACCUGUCGAGCUUCAGGGCAGUCCUGUACCCAGCCCCACUGCGGCUAGCUUCAACGUCAAUUCCCCUGUAACUCCUGGCGCCGAGGUCAAGGCCGAGGUUGGCAUGGCUUCUGUCGUACCUGUAGCAGCUCUAUCUGGUGCUGCUCCUGGUGCUGUUAUCGCCGACCCUCCUGGUAGCACUGUCCACCGUGUCCAGCUUGAGUUCAAGCCGUCCAUGGAUGAUGAGCUCGAACUCAAGGUUGGUCAAAUUGUGAGAGUCUUGCAUGAGUACGACGAUGGUUGGGCUCUCUGCAUCCGUAUGGACCGCUCUCAGCAAGGUGUUGCACCUAGGACUUGUCUUUCCAAGCUGCCGCUGAAGCCCAGACCUAUGGGACCUCCUCCCGGUGCCAAGAAUGGACCUCCUCGUGCUGUCCCUCGCCCUGGUCAAGGUCUUAUGGGUCCUCCUCCGAGACCCAUUCCCGGUGCCAAAGUCCGUCAAAACUCGUCAUCGUCUCAAGGCUCUGCCGUAUCUCAACCCCGCCGCCCUUCAAUCCAGCCUUCCAAGCAGUCAUCUCCAACGCUAGCUGAGCAAGCCCAAUCACGCCAACGAAGCAUGUCUGUCGCUGCAUCCCCCACCAAAGCUCCCAGACAAACCGAGCAGCAGCGUGCAGUAUCAGCCGCUGAAGCUCACAGUCGCAGCGCUUCUAUGGGCACUGCAUCAAGCGCCGAAAAGUCUUCAACCGCUUCUGGUGCGACUACCCCUCUUGGAGUACCUGCAAGGAAGCCAGUUCCUGGCCAAGCUCUCUAAUCCUAAUGAACACUGCCUUUUAUCAAACCAACGAUUAGCAUGCAACACGUAGACACGCGACAAUCACGCUCGAAGGAAGAAACUCAAGGAACAGACCCACCGCAGCGAGCGAGCACAAAGAGAACACAAGCGCCUUUUCAGUUCACAAAUACCCUUUUUCGUUUUGUUGAUUCUCCUUGUUCUUUUCUUUUCUUCAAGGUUGGAAAUAUUCUUAUUGGAGAGGGAUGCCACUGCAUCGUCGUUCUUCUUUUCUAUUCACUUAGCUCAUUUACUGUCGUUCGCUGAACAAUUUUCCUUUUCUCAUCAUGAUAGCAUUACGAAGGCCCAGAGCCAGUAAUGUUUUGUAUGUAGACUACCUUUAUCGAAAGCAUCAAAAACUGCCGAUUCCCACUCUAUCACAC